GAAAAGCCUAAAAUGAUGGAUUUUAAAUUUGGGCACAAUACUUGGUAUUUGCCAAAUCCUCACCCACGAAAUCCAACCCCUCAAAACCCCGACUCCUCUUUUUCUCCUCUCUCACGCCGCUCGUGUCAAAGUCCCGACUGGAACUCGAUCUCCAUCUCCAUCUCAAAGCUCGAUCUCGAUCUCGAUCCAUCACAGCUUGUUUUCUCCUCUCUUUCGGUUUCUCUCCUCAAACUUCUGCAGUUUCUGAUUGGGAUUCAAGUAAGAACUCCAAGCCGCAAAUUGAGCACUUCUUCAAGCUCUUCUGAUUGCCUUCUCAUCCGUCAACAAUUGCAGGUCAAGCGUGAUAUUGUGCUGAGAGUGCUUGUGCUUUGGUCUCACCUUUUUCGGUUCUCAUUGUCAUUUGAUAUAGCUUGCUGCUUUGUCGAAUGAUUGUAGCUAAUAUGUAAGGGUUAAUUGCAUAUACUCUCUGUGGUAUCGUUUUUAAAUUGCAACCCCUGUAGUGUACACUGUUGCAGAUGUGCCCUUGGGUUAAAAUUGUGACUGUUUUUCCCUUGGACUUACUAAUUUCUAGCUGAAGUCAAACAAAAGGAUAUUGGAUUCGGUUUGAUGUUAUUUGGGCCUUCUCUGUUCUCUGAGCUUAUUGCCAGAAGUAGAAGGAAUUGUUUUUGUAUGUUGACAAAUGAUUCCUGUGAAGUUUCAUGAGGACAAAUGAUUCCUGUGAAGUUUCUUACUUUUGGUGUU